CAUUGGGGCACAGGGACCUGUGACACAGGGACUUGGGGACUGGGGACAUCACUACACCAGGUGUCAGGGACCUGGGGACCUGGGGACACUGAGACACAGGGACCUGUGACACAGGGACAAUGGGAAUGGGGACACUGGGACAGUGGGACAGGGGGACACUGGGACACCGGGUGUCAGGAACCUCUGGCCGCAGGGAGCAGCGCCAUGGCAGCGGCUGCCCAGCCGGCAGCUCGGGGAGGUGGAGGAGAGCUCCUGACAUCUCGGGAACGUGGCCAGAGGGACCCCAAAGGCUUCAGCCUCUGAAGCCCGGGGACACCCAAGGACAAGCACAAGAGCCAGGGGCUGCCAAGGCAAGGCUUGAAAUUAAAGCCUGAGGAGCAAAGCUCCAUUUCUGGCCAGAACCUGGCUCCCCUGGGGCUCCGGCAGAGCCCUGCCGUGUCCAUCACCUUUCAGGCACCUCGGAAGUCGCAGCGGUGCUGCACACCCAGCAUGCGUGCUCUGAGAGCACAGGUAAGAAAGGAGAAAAAAUACGCAAACCAUGCUACACUACAGCAGCUGGGAGAGAGGAGAGAGACCCAGCCCUGCAGCCCCCAGGGGAGUGCAGCAGGAGGCAGGAGGUGCUCCAGGCAUGCAGCAGCAGUUCCCCUGCGGGCGAACCUGCAGGGCACAGCCAGCCCCAGCUGCAAACACCGAGGGUCCGGCAAACAGGCUUUUCCCGUAAAUGUGCUGAGUUUGCACUGCGCUAUUGCAGGAAGCGGGACUAAGGGCAAUGCCCUGAGACAAUUGCACGGCGCUGCUGCUGGCCCAAGCACAAGCAGCGUGGAGCAGCCCCGCUUCCCCCAACCGUGGCCCUGGGCUCUUACAGGACGAUGUCCCCCAGUAUCCCACCUUUGCAGCCCUGGGGUUCGGUACCCACAUGGCCCCAGGCGCGCAGCAGCCCCGAGCACACAGCAGCCCUGGAGAAUGCUGCUCCUGGUGCCCUGCAGCACACCCUGCAUGCAGGACGAGCUCCCAAGGUGGGCUCGGGGGUGGCCAGGGGCUUCCGGCACCACAACAUCAUGCACAGGGGCACUGGGACGGCAAAGACUUCACGGUGGUUGACGCGGCCGACAUUUUCAACCCCAGAGGUGCCAGCAGUGAGGUGCGCCAAGAAAUUAUCCACUGCAUCAGGCUGUCCUCCCCGGGCCCCCACGCGCUGCUGCUGGUGACCCAGCUGGGCCCAUUUACCCAGGUGAAGGCGAAGGCCGCAGAGAGACUGCAGGACAUCUUUGGAGCUGAUGUUUUCAGGCACACAAUCAUCAUAUUCACCCGUGCAGAAGAGCUGGGGGAGAGAUCUCUGCACGACUACGUAUCCUGUACUGACAACAAAGCUCUCCGCAAGCUGAUCGAGAGAUGUGGGAACAGGUACUGCGGCUUCAACAACCGGGCAGUUGGAGCCGAACGGGACCACCAGGUCAUGGAGCUGAUGGGGAUGGUCCACUGCAUGGUGCGGGUGAAUGGGGACAGGUACUACAGCAAUGAGAUGUACCUGGAGCCCAAUUUAACAGAAGAGAAGGUGGAGUAUCACAUGGCGAGGUACAGAGUAGGCAGGGUGAAGAGGGAGAGGGAGAAGAGUGGGAUGAAGAGUGAAGAGGGAGCUGAAGGACAGCUCUUCUGUCUUGUGGGCUGAUUGUCCUCAUCAUUAUUGUGAUUACCCUGGGUAUCCUUAUCGCACGGCUGUGAUGAAUCCCAGCACCACAGAGCCACUGAACGCCUGGGGCUGGAGGCCCCUCUGUACCCCACGUGUUCUAUCCCUGCCCAGGCAGGGUCCCCAGCACUGGCUACCCAGGACCGUGUCCACUGGGUGUAGGACAUCUCUGGGAAUGGAGACCCCAGCACCGCUCUGGGCAGCCUGUGCCAGCGCUCAGACACCCGCACAGCAAAAAAAGACUUUCCUGAUGUCUCAGCGGGCGUCCUUGCGACUCCAGCGUGUGUCCAUGCCCUUGUGACCAGGCUUUGGGCACCCCACCAGGCGUUCACACACACAGGAACCCCCGAGCCCUCUUCCCCAGGCUGUGCAGCCCCAGCUCCCAGCCUCUGCCCAUCUUGCAGAUGACUCCUUGUCCUGGUGCAUUGGAACCAACUUUCCUUUGGAAAGAGAAGAGGAAUUGUCUAUUUUUAUUGAGCUUCCCUUUAAUCAGUUAUCAUAUAUGUAGUACAGGAUAAAAAAUAUGUUUAACUUUUAACCUAGGCUCCCUUUGUUCAGGGACAGAAUGCUCCUUCUGGGAGAAACCAAGGAAAGUUGCCAAUAGCAAGUAGCCUGAGGUUGUGCUUAGGUGACGUGUGGCCAUCAAUGGAUAAAGGGGUUAGGGUGCUUCAUCGGGGAACACCACCAAGGACCCCCACAGAAAGGAAGACAUGCGCAGACGGGUCCUAAAAGGAGCCAUUAAGAAUGAUGCCACAUGAGCACAAAACUCAGGUAGAUGAGAAUGAAUUUGUAUUAGAUCGCUAGAAUAGUCAUGAAUUUCAUGUCUCCAUGUAGCCAGGAAGUCGACAUCAGCUGUGCUUGAUGUGUGGAAACUGCACCGAGCUCUGAGGCCUGAAUAAAAGCAAUCUCUCUCC